UCGCUGUGCACGAGACCUGUAUAGGUGAACAACGCCGCUCAAGGGGAAGAAGAAGCAGAAGCGCUGCUCCACCCGCAAUCAUGGAGGACCAGGCGAAUCGUCCUCAUCGCAAGUCCAAAUCCAAGGACAAGAAGCAGCCUCAACAGUCUGGGCAACAAAACCCAAAGGCCUUUGCCUAUGCCAACCCCGGAAAGCUACAGAAGCAGGCUGCUCGAUCUCAUGAUGUCAAAGAGAAGAAGCUUCACGUCCCGCUCGUGGACCGUCUCCCGGAGGAGGCACCACCCAUUGUCGUUGCUGUUGUCGGACCAUCGGGGGUUGGCAAGUCUACGUUGAUCAAGUCUCUGAUCAAGCGCUACACGAAGCACACCCUCUCGACACCCACCGGCCCGCUCACCGUUGUGACUUCGAAGCGGCGACGAUUGACAUUCAUAGAAUGCCCUGCCGACUCGCUCGCUGCCAUGAUUGACAUCUCCAAGAUUUGCGACAUUGUUCUUCUCAUGAUUGAUGGCAACUUUGGAUUUGAAAUGGAGACUAUGGAGUUUCUCAACGUGCUAUCGUCAAGUGGUAUGCCGGGUAAUGUGUUUGGUAUCUUGACGCAUCUCGACUUGUUCAAGAAGCAGAGCACUCUGGCCGCUGCGAAGAAGCGCCUCAAGCAUCGUUUCUGGAGCGAACUUUACCAGGGCGCUAAGCUCUUUUACCUUUCUGGUGUCAUCAACGGACGAUAUCCCGAUCGAGAAAUUCACAACUUAUCCCGGUUCAUCUCCGUCAUGAAGAAUCCUCGACCACUCAUUUGGCGAAACUCACAUCCUUACUGUCUCGCAGACCGCUUCCUGGACGUCACGCCGCCCACCGCCAUGGAGGAGAACCCGAAAUGUGACAGAACAAUUGCGCUCUACGGAUACUUGCGAGGAACAAAUUUCCCGGCUCAGGGCGCGAGGGUGCAUGUUCCCGGUGUUGGCGACCUGAGUGUUGGGUCGAUUGAAGCGCUGCCGGACCCCUGCCCCACGCCGUUUAUGGAUCAGGCAGUCGCAAAGGCCACUGGCAAGGGUGGCAGACGCAAAUUGGGAGAGAAGCAGAAGCUUCUUUUUGCACCCAUGUCAGACGUCGGUGGUGUACUUGUAGACAAGGACGCGGUUUACAUUGACGUCAAAACUUCCAACUUUGAGAAGGAUGCCGAGGAAGACGAAGGCAACCGAGGCUUUGGAGAGCAAAUGGUUGUGGAUCUACAGGGAGAGAGGAAAUUGCUUGGAGAAGCCGACACUGGGAUUCGAUUGUUCGGCAAUGGUCAAUCCAUGAGCAAAGCCGAAGUUGCCGAGGAAGACGACACUGGGCGUAAAAAGCAACGAACUGCCCGGCUUGCGGCGCGGGAUGAGGGUGAUGAGAAUAUGGAUGAUUUCGAUGAAGAUGAAGAAGACGAGGAUGAAGGAUUCGUGAGUGGCGGCAACGAGGAUGAAUAUGAAGACGACAACGGAUACAUUGAGAGUGAAGGCGUUCCAUCUGGCCGAUUAGGGCGCAGCUUCCGCUCUGAUGCGGAGGAAGACACAAAUGGCGAUGAGAAUGAGGUUGCAUUCGCGGACAGUGAUUCAGAUCUCGGUUCAGUAUCUUCCAUCGAGGAUCAAGAGCUUGACGAUGAGGAAGACUAUGAUGAUGAGGAAGAUGAAGAAGAUACGGGUGACCUCCGCUGGAAGGAGAACCUCGCUGAGAAUGCAAAGAAACUUCAUCGCACCAAACCUCGGUUCCGCACCACAGACCUUGUGCGCAUGAUGUAUGACGACUCGCUCACACCGGCCGAAGUGCUCCGUCGAUGGAGCGGUGCCGACGCUGACGAGGACGAGGACGCUUCGCAAGACGAAGACGAUGACGACUUCUUCAAGAAGGCAGACAACUCUGGCGAGGGCGAGUCGCUCGAGGACCGCGCCGUGCCCAAGUACGACUACGACGCACUUCAAGAGAAAUGGAGCAACGCGGAGAACAUUGAGGCAUUGCGCCGGCGCUUUGCUUCAGCCGACUUGCUCAAAGAAAAGCGUGCGCGGGGUGGAAGCGAUUACGAGGAUGACGAGGAUGAGGACGAAGACGGUGAAGGUUUCUCCGGACUGAGUGACGAGGACGACGAUGAGGGUGAUGGAGAAUUCGAAGAUCUGGAAACCGGCGAAGUCCACAAAACAACUCCAAAUGAAGACGAUGGUGACGAUGCGUCCGAGGGUUCCCCCACGGGCGGCGAAGCCGAGUCCCUUGAAGCUGAACGAGAGCGCAAUGCUCGGCGCAAAGAGGAGCUCCGGCUGCGCUUUGAAGAAGAAGACCGCGAGGGCUUUGCCAACGACAAGGCGGACGAGCGACGCGGUGGUGGCGAUGGCGACGAGUUCGGCGAAGACGAAUGGUACGACGCGCAAAAGGCCAAAAUCCAAAAACAGCUGGACGUGAACCGCGCCGAAUUCGAGCAACUCGACCCCCACUCUCGCGUUCGCGCCGAAGGUUACCGAGCAGGCACAUAUGCGCGGAUCGUGCUCGAGCAAGUCCCCUGCGAAUUCUCCAACAACUUCAACCCGCGCAUACCUCUCAUCAUUGGCGGCCUGACCCCGACCGAAGACCGAUUUGGCUUCGUCCAGAUCCGCAUCAAGCGGCACCGAUGGCACAAGAAGAUUCUCAAGAGCGGCGACCCGUUGAUCUUCUCUCUGGGAUGGCGCCGCUUCCAAACUCUCCCCAUCUACAGCAUCUCCGACUCGCGCACGCGCAACCGCAUGCUCAAGUAUACUCCAGAGCACAUGCAUUGUUUUGGAACCUUUUACGGUCCUCUGAUCGCCCCCAACACGGGUUUCACAUGCGUGCAGUCCUUCUCGAAUAAAAAUCCCGGAUUCCGCAUUGCCGCUACAGGUGUCGUCCUAAGCGUCGACGAGAACACGGAAAUCGUCAAGAAACUCAAACUCACCGGUCACCCGUACAAGAUCUACCGCAACACCGCCUUCAUCAAAGACAUGUUUAGUACCGCACUUGAAAUCGCCAAAUUCGAAGGCGCAAGCAUCCGCACAGUCUCCGGCGUGCGAGGCCAGAUCAAGCGCGCCCUCAGCAAACCAGAGGGUAACUUCCGCGCGACUUUUGAAGACAAGAUUCUCAUGAGCGACAUUGUCUUCCUCCGCGCCUGGUACCCCGUGCGUCCGCACCGCUUCUAUAACCCCGUCACGAACCUCCUCGACACCGCCGUCUCGUCCCGCGACCAAAAGGAUGACGGCGAAGGAUGGAAAGGCAUGCGCUUGACUGGCCAGGUCCGUCGUGAUGAAGGCAUCGAGACGCCCUUGGAGAAGAACUCGGCGUAUAGACCCAUCGAGCGUCAAGCCCGCCACUUCAACCCGCUCCGCGUCCCUCGCCAACUCGCCGCCGACUUGCCAUUCAAGUCGCAAAUCGCCCAAAUGGCGCCCCAGAAGAAAGACACCUACCUCCAGAAACGCGCCGUCGUGCUCGGCGGCGAAGAGAAACGCGCCCGCGACCUCAUGCAGAAACUCAUGACCCUGCGCAACGACAAGAUUGCCAAGCGCCAUGCCGCGCAGGAGGAGCGCAGAAAGGUAUACCGCAAAAAGGUCGCAGAGAAUGAGGAAAAGCGCGGCGAGCGCGAAAAGCGUGAACGAGACGAUUACUGGCGCAAAGAAGGCAAAAAGAGACGCCAUCAGGCUGGUGGAGAGGAUGGUGGCGGCGGCGGUGGUGGAAAGAGGAGAAAGUGAGGCGGUGCCGGAAAAAGCGAGUAGCACUAUUGGCGUUUUUUUUUUGUUUUUUUUUUUGUAUUUUUUUUUU